CGUUUCUUUUCGUUCAUAAAUCUCGCUAUCGUUUGUUUGCCAUCUCUAAGGAAACAUCGUGCAUUGUUUGGAAAUAUUUCCAUUUGGAAAUACUCCAAUUAAUUAAUUAAUUAUUUAGGCAGAAUGUCUGAAAACAGCUCAAAGGACACUGUACUCAAAACUGCGAUGACUUAUAUCUGUGGGGAAUGUCAUCACGAGAAUGAAAUGCGGCCCCGUGAUCCAAUCCGUUGUCGUGAAUGUGGCUACCGCAUUAUGUACAAGAAACGCACCAAGAGAUUGGUUGUGUUCGAUGCUCGCUAAUGUUUGCGUUUCUCCCAAUAUUAGCAUAUAUUUUUAGAAUUUAGUACUUUAAACAUAAAAUUAAUAAAAAUUUAUGAAUUCCUUUA